AAGAGCCCAGUGAGCUGUAAAAAGGAGAAGUUCGUACAAGUCUGAGCAGAAACACUCUUGCAGGAAAAACUUUCUCUUCUCUAUUUCUUCCAGGGAAGCUCUCGUUUGAUUUCUGUCUUCUUUAUGGACUGUGAUUUCUUUAUUGGUGACUAUUUAUCUUGAGGACAGGACUAGAAGAUAAAGACAUUGCUCUUGUCAAACAGACAAAGCUCUCUUGUUAAAUAAAGAAGACGGCGGUUGACAAAUUUCCUGAGCUUUUUGUUUAAAGAUGGCAGAUAUUGAAAAUUACACCAGUUUACAAGAGUUCACAGAAGAUAUCUCGCAUAGUGGAAACAGACCUAUACUCACAGCACAGGGCAAACAAGGUGUUCACAAAGGGGCAAAGUGUUUGAGGGGGCAGGUUUCUCUUGUACUGCUCAUUGCUCUACUGGCCUCAGUUUGUGCAAACAUAGUACUUGGUGUUCUCUUGGUAAACAGUCGCGGAUCAGCUGUCACAGUAAAACCAGUCAAGAAUGAUGAGUCUGAGGCUGCAUCUCUAACUCUCAAACUCACCGCUAUGCAAGAGCGUUUCUCCCGCCUUUGCUCUGAAUACACAAACCUUGGACAGACUUGUUCAAAACCGGUGAUCAAAUGUAGGCCAUGUCCAGAAAACUGGCUGCAUUUAGAAGGAAGGUGUUAUUACUUUAGCGACGAUAAACUCGACUGGCAGCAUAGCAAAGAGAGUUGUAUGUCUAUGGGCGGACAUCUUACCAUACUGCACAACCACCAACAACACCACACACUUGAGAGUGUCGCACGCAAGCUUGGUGGAUUUGACUAUCAUUUCUGGAUUGGUUUAUCAGACACCGAGACUGAGGGAGUGUGGAAAUGGGUGGACAACACAGUGGUUAAUACAACGUUUUGGAAUGAAUUGGGUGAUGAGCCCAAUAAUCACCAAUCAGGUGGGGUUCAUGGAGAAGACUGCGCAGUGCUGGACUCACGCUCCAAAACAUGGUUUGACGUGCCCUGUGAUUUCAAUUACAAACGUAUCUGCGAGAUGGACCCUAUCACCUUUAGCGUUUAAUUUGAACUGAAAAUGUGCAAAAAUGUAUCUCUAUUUUUCUAUUGCGUUCAUUCUUUUUAAUAAACAGUGAAAUGGAAAUUCUCAGGUUCAA